UGCCACGAUAUAGCUUCUGAGCCGGCAUUCAGGGGUCAAUUUUCUGUGUUUUUUUUAAAUGGAAAUUGCUCUACAUUUGCAGAUAAUGUUUUGCCUCCUUGUUGACUGCCAAGUUUGAGUGGGGCCGAGCUAACAUGUCGAGCUAACAUGAAAUGUUAGAGGAGUUGGAAACAGCCUCCGCUGAACUCGAGCGGCUUUAAAUAUCAGUUUUAAGUGAAAAAGUCUUCAAGCUAGGUGUCCGAAAUUAUGCAUCAUUACGAAUUGUUUCUCAUUAUUCGUGUUAGUUGACUUAAUUUCCAUGUAUGUGUGUAACGACAUUGUGUAAUCAUGAAGAAAAGUAGAGCAAGUCAACGUAGUGUAGCUGUUUAGUUGUACAUUUGUGGCUAGUUACUAGAACGGUGUGUUGAUGCUGUUGGAUUCUCAAAGUUACAGCAUCUUGUCAUGCACAGCACCUAAAACUUUGUAUCUGUUAUCAUCUCCCUCCUAACGUUAUUGACAAUUCAGGUUUCAGUGUAUGCUUUGCAGAUAAUGUGGUUAAAUCUAUUACUGAGCCUGCCAGCUGUUGAGUCACAGCUGUUUCUGCAGAAGUCAAUAUUUAACCUCUAGAUUUGGUAUUUUGACUCCAUCUGUGUGCCUUAUCACUGUCAAUCUUCCCAUUAGGCACACUAUAUUUAAACCGUCUAAACAAAUGGAACAUUAAUUGUCUGAAGCUGUGGCCUAAGUGGUGUUCCUUUCUAUAGAACAAUGACCGGGUCUGGUGAAUAGCCUGGAAUGAGAGUGAAAACGGGGCAGUGUCUGAAUACCAAAACUCUUCUGGCUGUCAACAUGAGUCAGCCCUAAGUUAAAUAUGAUUUAUUGACUGACAUAUGGACAGCACAGAAAAUCAUCCUGAAGGCUUAUCAGUUUCAGCCCUUCGGCUGACACAGCGUAUCCUUAUCUCUUAACAUAAUACCUUCCGCAGAGAGUUAUAACUCCAGUCUGAAAUAUUAACUUUACCUGAUUGUACUGUGUAUCACUGUGUAUCAUGCAUUGUCUGUAACCUAGCUCUUCUGGUUUUAUUCUGUCUGCUUGUUUUCUUGGGAAUUUACAGCACUUUGGCGAAUGUUUAAACUUAGCUCUGUAAAUGUGAUGCACAGAAAACAGAAACAGAAGGCAUAUUUACACUUCAUAGUAAUGUGAUGCCAAAAACACAAGGCAGCUGCUUAUAGAGAUUAGAAGCUAAAUUUUGCAAGACCUGAAGUGGGUGGCAGUGCUUUGGCGGAGCAUUUGCAUGUUUUUCACUCUGCAUUUUGUUUCCUGACACAUUUCAACUGUUUACUUUCACCUUGUUUUCACCUCCCUGGUUCUUGCAUGCAGACACACAGUAGCACCCUGGUUUUUGUCUAUCUGUGUGUGUGUGUGUGUGUGUGUGUGUGACAUUGCAAAGCAUCGCUAAACAGAUUCAGUUACCUUUCUUUUCAUAAUUUAUUUCUUCAGUCACUGCCCCCUCUCAGACCUCAAUAGGAAGUGACAUUACCACACCCACGAGAGAGCACAGAGAAUCAACUUGGUGACAAAGUUGUGAAAACUGAGAAAUGAUUGUCUAAUUUCCCCAGCAUGUGCACAGUGCGCUCUCAGGCUAUUUGUAAGUCCGCUAACCAUUGUGGAGGUGGGAUUAGUGAAUGAAUGCUUUCUAUGCCUCUGUCUGUUGCUAUCUGGAGCUGUAAAAUGGGUCCCAUGAAAUCUAAACUGGUAAUCAGGUUUCUGGGCUAAGAGGGCUGAAAGAGAUUUGUUGAUGAGUGGCCUAUUGUGCACCCUGACCCAAAGCAGCAAAGAAAUCUGUCUUUUAUAAUAGCUAGAUAGUUUAGGAAGCCACUCUGAUGUAGCCACCUUUUCCUUACCAAUAGUAUAUGAAUUAGCAUAGAGGGGCUACAAAAAUGGUGCUUUCAAUAGUUUUCAAUAGUUUUUGGUCUGUAGAAUGUCAGGUUCUUUUCCAGAUUCAUUCAUAUUUCUGCUAAAUUGAUCUAUAAAAACUGACAGUGACGUGUUUCUUUCUUGUUAUUAAUUUGAUCUUUUCUGUCUUAUUGUACUUUCCCAACAUAGUGAACAAUGUCUUCAGACCUCCUGCCUGAGUGCCCAAUCUGCAUUCGAGAUUUGGUGUUAGACAUCUUGAGAACAAAGCACCUUCUCAAAAUCCCGUGACUAUUCGUGUGCAUCGGCUUCUGUCUUGUUCCACUUCCUGGCAUCUGCUUUUGUUCAACAGUUUCUCACCUCUUAGCAGUAACAGGAUGCUCUAGUGGUUUUAGAGCCUUCUUCGACUAUAUGUGCGUGUACAAGACUGAGGUGCUGAAUCCAUACCAGCUCUAGGAAUGCUUUGUAGCAGACUUUAACCUCUGACCUCUCUGGAUAAGUACAGGAGCAAAGAGAAUAUUCCUGCAGGAAUCACCAAACUGUCACUCUCUUUAUCAAAGACAAGACCUUUAGCCUCAGACCAGGCCUCUCUAGCUCCCCUCCUCUUGCAGUACCAUGCUGGGUGCACUCCUGCGGAGAAACAUGUCUCAGAAGCUGAGUGUACUGCUGCUGGUAUUCGGCCUGGUAUGGGGUCUUAUGCUGCUGCGCUACACCGUGCAGCAGCCUCGACAUCAGAGCAGUGCUGAGCUACGUGAGCAGAUCCUGGAGCUCAGUCGGCGAUAUGUCAAAGUCCUGACAGAGGAGAAUCAGAACGCACCAGGUGGGCCACAGGGAACCUCCAUGGCUGGCUAUGCUGAUCUGAAGAGGACUAUAGCUGUGUUGCUGGAUGACAUCCUGACGAGGCUGGUCAAACUGGAGGGGAAAAUCGAACUGGUGGUUAAUUCCUCUUCCACUAACACUUCCCACACAGCAGGGGGUGUCCUUGCCUCCAGCCACCCAGGGACGUCUCGCCUUCACCCACACAUCCCUAAUCGGCCUCGGCCUCAUCAAGGAGCAUAGCUACUAUAGCUGUAUAGAGUUUUUGUUUUUAGCGCAUCACACUUUUCCAGCAUUUAUCACUGAUGCAACAACAUCAGACAAAUGAAAAGCAAUAGACAGACACAUGGACAUCCAGAACCUUAAAAUUUGGGAUGCAUCUGAGAAAUGUCCAGCCAGCCCAGAGGAAAGAGAGAGGACUUUUACACGCUCUGCCCUGUCAUAUGCUGAUAUUUAUUUUUUUUUUACCAAGACUGUCCAGUGCAUUUUUAUAUUUUCAUUGCUGAUUUUAUUCGGCUUAAAUUUUAGCAUUUUUAUAAUGUCAUAUUUAAAUCUUGUGACUGUUUAAAUGAAGGCAAAGAAGUAUAAACACUCUUGGAACUGAAAUUCAAGCUCAUACACUUUAUCAUAAAAAAUGGCUUAAAGUGCUUCUCUGUCUAUAUAUUAAAAAUUCUACAAUACUGCUUCAACAUAUCAAAAUGCUGAACUAAACAGUACAGUCAUGAUAAUUAGGAACAACAACAUUUCACUCUUUUGCUGGUGCAGUUGCUAAAUACUGUUUGAGGAAGACUCUUCUUUUAGCUUACACAUGUAGUGAUUUUAAGGAUAAUUAAACUGUAUAGUUAAACUGUAAGAGAUAAUCCAAAGAAUGUUAUUUGCACUCCAUCUGUAGGCAGUAUAAAUGUGUACUUACACUGGCUGCAAGACAAUUUGGGGUUUAUGCAGAAAAUGAUGGGAUGAUGCUUACUUGGUACUGUAAACAUCAGCGUGUUUGUGAUUUGUCGCGGUUGUAAUCCAGUGGUUGACUUGCUUGGUGCUGAGAGAUGUUUUAAUUUAGAUGUGGAACAGAUUGAAUGUACUGUGUGGUCAGUAUUUAGCCCUGUAGUGCUGUUAAGAUGACUGACCUACUGCUUACACAUGUUCAGGGUUCAUGUUGCACUGUGACUCUAUAGAGAUUUUCUAAAAAUACUGGGCUCAUCCAGCUUUGAUUUUAGGGAUAUUUAAGGCUCUGAAAUAUUCAUUCUUCCAGCCUGCUUGCUGAGUCUGCUUUCUACGAUACUGAGAACUGAAAAAUACCUCACCCUGUCCUGCCCAGAGGUAGAAGAUCUUUAAUUUGCUCAUCAUGAAGCUCAUUAACAUAAUGACUUUGUCCUGCCACAAAAAUGGGCAAUACUUUAAUGAAUAUUACUUGGGGAUAAGACGAAGUCAAUGUCAAAGUCAAGUCAAAGAAAAUGAAAAUGAAAAAAGUGUGAUUAAAACAAACUAGUAAUCAUAAUAUCCCAUUUACUUUGCUUUGUGUUGUUGCUGACAUAUUACAGACUUAACUGUAUGUUGAGGUUGAUGGACAUAUUGAACAUUGGCGUGACUGUGUUUACACUGAGUGAUACCAUAAUUGUACUUUGCUUCACAAUGCUGAAGUAGAAAAGAUGGUGAGCCAGUCAGCUGCUGUGAGAUAGCUUUACUAAUAAAUUGACCUCUUGGGAAAAUGAUCUCACCCCCAUUAAAAGCAAUGUUUAUAUCAGACCCUCCACUUAAUGCCUAUAAAUUAAAUGUGAUAGAAAAAAAUAUGCCUAGUGUCAUUCAGGAGAUCUUGGUUGGGACAUGAUGUGUAUCACAAGACAAAGAAUUCAGCUUUAUUUACUUCUAUCUAAAUAUUAUCUAAUAUUCACCCUGUGGUUCCACAAAGGGCAUCCUCCAUGUGUCUCUAAGGGGUGUGUAUGUAUGUAUCAGUGAAUGUAUAUAGGUGAGUUAUCAACUCAGGCUUUACUGACACCACUGCGAAAUGUACAAGAAGUACUAGACAUCAUAAUUUACCAGCCAAAUGGUUUGUCAUAGAGUGAUAGAAAGAAACAAAGUAUAUUUAUUCAAGUACUUGAUUUAAGUACCAUUUUAUUUAUUUCUACUGUAUUCAAGUCUUUGUGCUAUUUCCUACUUCUUUUC